GAGCAGAUUAGGAUUUAUAAACCGAGGUAAGGCAAUUGCCCAGGAGUCAUACAGCAGUAAAAGUUUUCAGAACGGCUCUAAACUGAAUUCUUAUGCUAAAUCAUUGAACUAAGGGGAUAAACUGUAACAGACUGACACCAUGCAUUCUAAAGAACAAGUCAGCUAUGAAGACUAUCAGAAGACUGCUGAAUGGCUACUCUCCCAGACAAAACACAGGCCCAGGAUUGCAGUAAUAUGUGGCUCUGGAUUAGGGUCAUUGGCUGAAGAUCUGAAGGACCAAGAGUGUUUUAAAUAUAGCAGUAUUCCAAACUUCCCUGAGAGUACUGUGGAAGGACAUGCUGGGCAGUUGGUUUUUGGAAAGCUGAGGGGUACAUCCUGUGUUUGCAUGCAGGGAAGAUUUCACAUGUAUGAAGGAUACUCACUCUCUGAGGUUACAUUUCCAGUGAGGGUGUUUAAACUGCUUGGUGUGAAGACCCUGAUUGUAACAAAUGCUGCUGGCUCAUUGACCGAAGGCUACAAUGUUGGUGAUAUCAUGAUAAUUAAGGACCAAAUUAAUCUACCAGGGAUUAGUGGCUAUAACCCGCUGAUUGGACCAAAUGAAGAUUGGUUUGGUGCCCGCUUCCUGUGCAUGUCAGAUGCCUAUGACAAAGGACUACGCUCUAUGGCUCUGGAACUUUCUAAGAAACUGGGAUACUCUGGUUUUACCCAGGAAGGUGUUUACUGCAUGGUUGGGGGGCCCAGUUAUGAAACAAUUGCUGAGGCUUGCUUUCUCCACAAGAUGGGAGCAAAUGUUGUGGGGAUGAGCACUGCUCCUGAAGUUAUAGUCGCAAAGCAUUGUGGACUGAAAGUUCUUGGUCUCUCACUCAUCACAAAUGAAGUUUUGAAGGAGUAUGACACCGAAAAAGCAGUGAACCACAAUGACGUCUUGAGGAUCGGCAGGAUGCGAGCACAAACUCUCCAGACCUUCAUCAAUGAGCUGGUGGCUCAGAUAGAUGGUACCAGUGCAGAGAAUGGAAUGGGUUGAAUACAUCAUACAAGUUUAAAACCCCAAAUUGAACCUGUUUUGUAGUAAUCUCUAUCUGCAAGAAAAAAUAUAACAUCAAGUACUUCACUAGACCUCCUUUAACAUCACUAACUUUUUUUAUGUUUUGAAAGUUGUGUUUCACAAGUAUUCAAAGUCAUUCAAAGUAAUGAGCAUUACCAUUAAAAGUUACAUAGGCACGUUUACUACUUUAA